AUGGUACCAACAAUCUUUGUUCACCAUGACCGUGAAAUUUGGGAAGAAUAUGCAGAAGAGUUCAAACUAGAACGAUUUUUAGAAGGAAUUGCUAAGGCAACUAAGAAACAACUAUCAUUCUUUCCUUUUGGAGAGGGUUCGAGAAUAUGCAUUGGGAACAGUUUUGCAAUGACGGAAGCAAAAAUGGCAAUAGCACUGAUUCUUAUCAAUUUCUCUUUUGAGUUCUCUCCUUCCUACACUCAUGCUCCAUCUUUCAUCUUCACACUUCGUCCUCAAUAUGGUGUUCACUUGGUUUUACACAAGAUUUAG